AUGCCUGCCAGCCCGCGGCCACGACACUGCCGGGGGCUGCGCAGCUCCACCAUCACGCUUGCUCUCAAGACGGGGAUCGUGGGACUGCCCAACGUCGGCAAGUCCACGCUGUUCAAUGCGCUGUGCUCCAAUAGCAAAGCCCAGGCCGCCAACUUCCCUUUUUGCACCAUCGAGCCGAACGUGGGCGUGGUGGCUGUGCCAGACCCACGCCUGGACAUCCUCGUGAGCAUGUCCAAGUCAGGCAAGGCGGAGAAGACUGUGCCUACUAGCAUAGAGUUCGUGGACAUUGCCGGGCUGGUGAAGGGCGCGAGCAAGGGGGAGGGCCUGGGCAACAAGUUCCUGGCCACCAUUCGUGAGUGCGACUCCCUAGUGCAGGUCGUGCGCUGCUUUGAGAACGACGACGUCAUCCAUGUGGAUGGGCGUGUCAACCCAGUGGAGGACAUCGACACCAUCAACUUUGAGCUGGCACUGGCUGACAUCGGUCAGGUGGAGAAGCGUUUGGAGCGGUUGAAGAAGGGCAGGGCCAAAACGGCGGAGGAGAUCAAGACCCAGGAGGCCGAGACUGGCGUGCUGCAGCGUCUCAUGGCGGCAAUGGAGACUGGACUCCCUGCUCGCUCCGUCUUGUUGACCCCAGAGGAGGCAGAGCUUGUCCGUGGCUUGUGCCUGCUCACAAUGAAACCACUGACGUAUGCUGCCAACGUGGGGGAGGCAGACCUUGCAGACAAGGGUGCCAGCAACCCUCAUGUCCAGGCACUGCAAGCCAAGGCAGCGGAGGAGGGGUGCGGGGUGGUCCUGGUCUCCGCCCAGGUGGAGGCCGAGCUGACGGACCUGGACGCGGCUGAGGCUGCUGAGUACCUGGCGGACCUGGGGGCCAGCGAGGGCGGCCUGAAGAGCCUGGUGCGCACCACCUACUCCCAGCUGGGCCUGCUCACCUACUUCACCACAGGCGAGAAGGAGAGUCGGGCCUGGACGAUCAGGGAGGGCAUGACCGCGCCUCAGGCCGCCGGAGUGAUCCACACCGACUUUGAAAAGGGGUUUAUCAGGGCCGAGACCGUGGCCUACAAAGACUUCGUGGCCGUUGGGGGCCUGGCCGCCGCCAAGGAGAAGGGGCUGACUCGGCUGGAGGGCAAGGACUAUGUGGUGAAGGAGGGCGACAUAAUGCUCUUCCGCUUCAAUGUCUGA